GUUGUUUUUUUCGUUUAGUUUAGUUUAUCAGUUUGUCAUCGUCAGUGGGAAUGUACAUUGAAUAUGCAUGAGUCUGACACAUAAUUGUAAAAUCUGAAUUUUCCAGCAGGUUAUCAGUGUGUGUGAAAGCUGGGGGCACAGAAGGCGGGGCGGAGGUGACAGGAGGAGGAGUGUAAAGCAGAUGCUAGACCGAGGUAUGAAAGGUUCCUGAACCCAAAGGAGCAACUGCUCUCUUUUGUUUUUCUUGGUGAAAUGAAAUGACAUCUCGAUACGUCUGACAUAAAGGACAACACAUUUCCAGCUGUACUUGUGUGCAGGUCGAGUUUUCACAGGAAUAACUAAACUCAGAUGGGUCAGGCACUGUGGAGGCUGCCUCCCAGACAACAGCAGCAGCUUCAGGAAGAGCUCGCAGACCGACUGGCCGACCGAGGAGGAGGAGGAGGAGGAGGAGGAGGAGGAGGAGGAGGAGAACAAGAGCAAGGGAGAGAUGGAGGUCCCCAGAGAAGAGCUCCUCAGCAGUGUUAUGGUCCUGACAUCUACCAUCUGCUGAGAACACGCAUGGGAGGCAAGGAACGGAAUGGUUUUAUAGACUUGGAGAUGUUGCCCCCUGAAUUAGGCAUCACCAUACUUUCAUACCUGAAUGCUACUGAUCUGUGCCUGGCUGGCUGCGUGUGGCAGGACCUGGGCAAUGACGAAUAUCUGUGGCAGGGGCUGUGUAAGUCCACAUGGGGACACUGCUCCAUCUACAACAGGAGACUACCUGCUGGAUUCUCAUACAGGAGGCUCUACCUACAGCUGGAUGAAGGCUGCCUAACAUUCAACGCUAACGCACAGGAGGGUAUCAGUUAUUUCAUGUCCAAAGGGAUCCUUGUGGAUCAUCCCAAAGAGCUUGCUAAAUUCAUCUUCUACACCAGACGGCUCAACUGGAAGAUGCUAAGGGUUUAUCUGGAUGAGAGGCGGGAUGUUCUGGACGAGUUGGUGACGCUCCAUAACUUCAGUAACCAGUUCCUCCCCAACGCUCUGAGGGACUUCUUCAGACACAUCCACGCCCCGGAGGAGAGAGGAGAGUAUCUGGAGACCCUCAUCACCAAGUUCAGCCACAGAUUCUGCACCUGCAACCCCGGCCUGGUCCGGGAUCUAGGCCUUAGUCCUGACGCUGUGUAUGUGCUGUGCUACAGUCUCAUCCUGCUUUCCAUCGACCUGACCAGCCCCCAUGUCAAAAACAAGAUGUCCAAGAGGGAGUUCAUCAGGAACACUCGCCGAGCAGCCCAUAAUGUCUCUGAUGACUUUGUGGGCCAUCUGUAUGACAACAUAUAUCUGAUUGGCCACGUGGCUGCGUAGCUGCGACUCUCAUACUGCACUGAAGAUAGGACGCGUGUCAUGAGGAAAUGGAUUGAACCAUUUGCAGCACAACCACUGAGUCUUGGUAGAAUGGCAAGAGAAACGAAUCAAAUCCACCACUGCACGGUGAGACACUGUGCUACCAGAUAUUAGAUAUGUUAUUAUAUUUUUAUCAGAGGUGUGAAACAUCUGAAGUGUCUUUAAAACCACGUCACUGCAAAGAAGGAGGUUUUAAAAAAGAACCAUGAAGAGGAGCUCUGACACUGCACUGACGGAUGGUGACUACAGAUUGGUGGAGGAAUAGGAGCACCGCCCUCCACCUGUCACACAUGCCGGGACAGUCCUGCUGCUUUCCUAUUGGACAGCUGCUUUACGGUCACCAGUAGGACAAACUCCGGCUCAUUCUUGUAGGAAGUGACACAGGAAGACCACUCACUAAUAUCACUAAUGGCAUUUACCAGAGGGACUGGAGACUGAGGCACGCCGGAGCUUUACGACAUCGUGCAGCUGGAACAGGUUUCUGUGGCUCAUACUACAUCUUUUUCUUUUCAGUUUUACAACAAAAUGACACACAGCAACACUUUCAUGCAAGAAUAUUUUCAUAAUGUUAUCAUUAAUCUUACUUUUUUAAAGAUGUGCUUGUCUGUGUUCCAAGAUAAAGUCGUCAAACUGCACAGACCGGAAGUAAAAAAGACGUUCAGUCCACUGAGGGUCAGCUGGUCCUGAUGAGGUGUGCAUUAGUCUGAUUUAAAACUGAACUCAAUCAAUGCCUCAAACUGCCAUAUAGGCUGUUCCACUGUCAGAAAUAUUCCAAUAUAGGUUACUCAAUUCUAAAAUUGAACUGAUGCUGAUAAGAUGAUGGAAGAGACAACAUUAUAAGUUUGUAAUAGUUGUAAGUUUAAUUUCUGUCUCAAAUUCCAACUCCAAAUUCAUUCAGAUUAAUGAAUUAUAAAGUCAAAUACAUGUUUUUUUUUUAUCAGAAAAAACACGUGUGAAAGGAAGAGUAAAUAGACACUGAGUAUUUCCAGUGUUGCAGGAACCAGCCGUAUGCCAGCAUGUGUCCAGAUUAUGACGGAAAUUGAAUGUAUUAAUACACAUGACAUGAUGGAAAUAUUGAAUCACUGUGCUUUGAAUGUGGCAGCUCUGAAGCAGCUUCUUGUUAGCUGCUGAAAAGUGUUGGUGUAGCGACGGUCUGUGAUUGACCUGGACCUAAUUCCAGCAUUGGUAACAAGUUCAUGGCGAGAGUGUAGACCGAGUAAAGUGAAGUAGAACAGCAGAUGUUUAUCAAGUCAUCCUGCAGUUCAGACUGUUGACUGGUCAUACAAGGACAGCGCUGGCUGAAGCGUGUUUCCACAGAGCAGUCUGUCGGUUCCUGAAGUUCUUAUGUUUUAACAACACACAUAUUAACCCCUCAUUACCACAGCUUUAGCAUUAGUUACUCAAGUACUGUGCUUCAAUUUAUAUCAAGAAAAUAUUGCUGCCAUGACAUAAUGGCAUAAUCCAUCAAUUGAAAUUAGACAUGUAGUUAUAAUUACUGUCAAGCACUGCAGCUGCAAUCCUGUCAGAACUACUGUCAUUCUUCCAGAAAUGACUAAGGAAAGAUUAAUUUGCAUCUCAAAUUAUGAAAUUAUCAUCAGCAGGGCACACUCAUUGGAAAACCAGAUUUCUUUAUCACUAUAAUAAGCAGUGUGCUAAAGUAAUCGGACAAAUAUAUGUGUAGUUGAAGAUGAUGGAUUACUUGUGUCAGUGCAGGAAUAUGCGCGAUUGGUUUUUAAUGGAUUUUUGCAAUAGUGAAAGUCUACGACAUCUGGAGGGCAGCACUACGACACAGAAGAGAUCUGUUGAAAUGGAAGUGUACAAUAAACUCGAAUGUGGACCUAAUGAUGGCUUCUAACAUUUAAAUAUAUGAUAUAUUUUCAGCUGCAAUGACUCCCACCUGACCGGAAUGCAGCAUGCAGUCACUGAGUCCCAGCAGCUAGCAUGUAGCCGCAGCUAACAGGGAGCGGGAACAGCAAGUUUUUUAUUUAAUCCUCUAUUUUUUUAUGAAGUGUUUAUAUCAUAACCUAGCUACUUGCAAUGUCAAUAAAUAUUCAUUUAUAUAUUUUUUUCAAUGUUAGGAUUCUCUGCUUUGGAGUGUAAAUCUGACCAUGGCUAAACUCAGAAAAAAAUGCUAAUAUUGGAGAUAUAUAUUAAUGCUGAUGGUGCACACUGAUUUAUAAUGUCAUUGUUUUCUUUAAAUGAUGAAGGAAAUCCACUUCCUGUUUGUUGUUUUUCUUUGUGGUUACUAGAAUGCUGUAUGACUGACACGAUGUACUGAGGAAGUGUUCUAAAUGUCUGACUCAUUAAAACAGGGCUUCAUUUUA